CUCUCCAUGGUAACCAGGGUCCUGCUCUCCAGUCAGGCAGUGCCGCGGACGCCUUGUUUGGGGACCUGGCCGUGUCAGCACUUCCGGGUCCACGUCUUCCAAGGAGGAUGGAGCUGAGGACCGGGGACAAACUGUGACCCAGGCACCCGGACUGGCCGAUACUCGCUGUAUAGCCCGGGGCAGAUAGCACAUCGGCUGCAGGUAACUGACUGCGUCAGGGCAUGCCGAGACAGCCCAGGGCAGACUGUCUGUGUUUAUAUAUGGCACCGCACACAUAAUAUACACACUAUAUACACAGCAUCCAUUAUACACACUAUAUAUACAGCAUCUAUUAUACACACUAUAUACAGCAUCCAUUAUACACACUAUAUAUAUAUACAGCAUCCAUUAUACACACUAUAUAUAUAUACAGCAUCCAUUAUAUACACUAUAUAUACAGCAUCCAUUAUAUACACUAUAUAUAUACAGCAUCUAUUAUAUACACUAUAUAUACAGCAUCUAUUAUACACACUAUAUAUAUACAGCAUCCAUUAUACACACUAUAUAUAUACAGCAUCCAUUAUACACACUAUAUAUAUACAGCAUCCAUUAUACACACUAUAUAUACAGCAUCCAUUAUAUACACUAUAUAUACAGCAUCCAUUAUACACACUAUAUAUACAGCAUCCAUUAUACACACUAUAUAUACAGCAUCCAUUAUACACACUAUAUAUACAGCAUCCAUUAUACACACUAUAUAUACACAGCAUCCAUUAUAUACACUAUAUAUAUACAGCAUCCAUUAUACACACUAUAUAUAUAUACAGCAUCUAUUAUACACACUAUAUAUACAGCAUCUAUUAUACACACUAUAUAUAUACAGCAUCCAUUAUACACACUAUAUAUACACAGCAUCCAUUAUACACACUAUAUAUACAGCAUCCAUUAUACACACUAUAUAUACAGCAUCCAUUAUACACACUAUAUAUAUAUAUAUAUACAGCAUCCAUUAUACACACUAUAUAUACAGCAUCCAUUAUACACACUAUAUAUACAGCAUCCAUUAUACACACUAUAUAUAUAUAUAUAUACAGCAUCCAUUAUAUACACUAUAUAUACAGCAUCCAUUAUACACACUAUAUAUACAGCAUCCAUUAUAUACACUAUAUAUAUAUACAGCAUCCAUUAUACACACUAUAUACACAGCAUCCAUUAUAUACACUAUAUAUACAGCAUCCAUUAUACACACUAUAUAUACAGCAUCUAUUAUACACACUAUAUAUAUACAGCAUCCAUUAUACACACUAUAUAUAUACAGCAUCCAUUAUACACACUAUAUAUAUACAGCAUCCAUUAUACACACUAUAUAUAUACAGCAUCCAUUAUACACACUAUAUAUAUAUAUACAGCAUCCAUUAUACACACUAUAUAUAUACAGCAUCCAUUAUACACACUAUAUAUAUAUAUACAGCAUCCAUUAUACACACUAUAUAUACAGCAUCCAUUAUAUACACUAUAUACAGCAUCCAUUAUAUACACUAUAUACAGCAUCCAUUAUACACACUAUAUAUACAGCAUCCAUUAUAUACACUAUAUACAGCAUCCAUUAUAUACACUAUAUAUACAGCAUCCAUUAUACACACUAUAUAUACAGCAUCCAUUAUAUACACUAUAUAUACAGCAUCCAUUAUAUACACUAUAUAUACAGCAUCCAUUAUAUACACUAUAUAUACAGCAUCCAUUAUACACACUAUAUAUACAGCAUCCAUUAUACACACUAUAUAUAUAUAUAUAUACAGCAUCCAUUAUAUACACUAUAUAUACAGCAUCCAUUAUACACACUAUAUAUACAGCAUCCAUUAUACACACUAUAUAUAUAUAUAUAUACAGCAUCCAUUAUACACACUAUAUAUACAGCAUCCAUUAUACACACUAUAUAUACAGCAUCCAUUAUACACACUAUAUAUAUACAGCAUCCAUUAUACACACUAUAUAUACAGCAUCCAUUAUACACACUAUAUAUACACAGCAUCCAUUAUAUACACUAUAUAUAUACAGCAUCCAUUAUACACACUAUAUAUACACAGCAUCCAUUAUAUACACUAUAUAUAUACAGCAUCCAUUAUACACACUAUAUAUACAGCAUCUAUUAUACACACUAUAUAUACACAGCAUCCAUUAUAUACACUAUAUAUAUACAGCAUCCAUUAUACACACUAUAUAUAUAUACAGCAUCCAUUAUACACACUAUAUAUAUAUACAGCAUCCAUUAUACACACUAUAUAUACACAGCAUCCAUUAUAUACACUAUAUAUAUACAGCAUCCAUUAUACACACUAUAUAUACAGCAUCCAUUAUAUACACUAUAUAUACAGCAUCUAUUAUACACACUAUAUAUACACAGCAUCCAUUAUAUACACUAUAUAUAUAUACAGCAUCCAUUAUACACACUAUAUAUAUAUAUACAGCAUCCAUUAUACACACUAUAUAUAUACAGCAUCUAUUAUACACACUAUAUAUACACAGCAUCCAUUAUAUACACUAUAUAUAUACAGCAUCCAUUAUACACACUUGUCACGUGCGUGGGCUAUAGGCCCAGCCGAGACAGUGGGGAGAGUGUGGAAGUGACAGGGUUAAUGACACCAGACCCCUGGUUACCUGUUGCUAGUCCCAGCAACCACUCAAUUAACCCCUGCAAUCCCUUCUACACUAUCCCCCUUAGUACUACUGCCACCACCAAGACUUUUAAACCCGGGCGUCUUAGGUUACCCCACACACAGGAGAAUUAUAGUAUCACAGUUCUACUUUUACUGAUAAAACAUAUAUAGUUAACCCUUUUUGGUAACGUGUUUACCUGAGCUUUCCUCUGGAGAGUGAAGCUCAUAGAGAACAGAGACACAAGCUGAUAAAGUAAACAUUUAAUCUGACAAAAAGGAUUCACAGUGCUGAGUACAAAAUGCAGAAAUAAAUGAUAUACAGAUAGCAAAUUGCAAAACAGUACAUAAAAUAAAAUAGGAGAAAACACAAGAAAUUCCUUACAUAUAUUUACCCCAUAUAGAAUUCUUGUGGGAGUCUUAGAUGGUAUAGAUCUCCUAGAAGUUACUGACAAAAGAAAAAUGAAUAACUGACCUCCCUGGAUAGUCCAACACCCUCAUAUAUCUAAACUAGUUGUUUCUCAGUGGGCAGACCCCUGGGGGGGAUCAGAGGGGGCUGGUCUGGCAGUCUAUUGCCCACUCUAUGAAAUUCCUUGUGUCCAGCUCUGGUGAUGGCUAUCUAGAUGUUUUAUGGUCUAGGCCUGGUGCAAGAUCAAAGACCACAAUAAAUGUCAUCCCAAGGUUUACAAAAAAACAACUCUUAACGUAUAUAAACACACAUCAAAUACCAACUCAUGCUUUUGGCAUGACACCUCCCCCUUAAGAUGGUGGACAGAAAAAUUCAGCCAUAGGCUGAUUUAUCUGUCUACCAUUAACCCUCUAGUUGCCGAGACAGGCCAUCUGCAUUCCCAUGCAAGCGGCCCUUUUUGUGAUGGGCAGUGAAAUUAUACUGUUGGAGGAUAGGGCUCCAAUGGAGCAGUUUAUCAGUGUUACCUGUCACCUGCAGCAGGUUGUGAUCAGUCCAAACCACAGCUACAUCCUCAAACAUGCCUGAUUUGCCUGUUUCAAUUCCCCAUCGAUCUCUGGUAACAUCCCUUAAACCACACCCACUGCGCUCAUGUAGUAGUUGUAAGGGGAAGAAACCAAUGGAUUUCUGCAGCACUCCCCGGUAAGCCCACAAAAAAGCAGAAAGAGAACACUCCCAGGAUAGAUGUGCUGUAUCAACAUCCAUCAUCUCUUUCAUUUUGCGGUCUGUCUGCUGGCCUUGUUGCACUAUCAGACAUACCGAACUUUGGAAACUGGCUAAGUCUGGCGCAGAGUAAAGCUCACACACCCUCUGCCCUCCCUCAUAGCCUUGCUGUCCCUUCACAUUUUCACCCACCACAUCACAUACAUUUUCACAGGACACAUUUGACCCCCCUUGAUCAGAUACAGAAUUUUGCACACACUCACAUAAUUUCUUCUCCAAGGCAGGCCAUCCUCUCGCAAUCUCACAUAGCCCCUCAGACUCUGCAGCCGUGACCCACUGCUGACUUGUUACCACUGCGACUAGUGGUACACAUCCCUGGCUCUCACCUUCCUCCUCCCCCUUACUCUCUGACAUCCCAGCCUCACAGUAUUUUAAUACAGGCACAUCACUACUCACCCCUAUCUCACAUUUGGUAGACAUCACUGGUUCAGUUACAGGUAGAUAUUUAUCCACACCCUGCUCUCCCUCCCAGCAAUCACACUUCACAAUGUCUCCCAAAGUUUCACACAAUACCUUAGGUGGAGCAGUAAGCCCUUCUGGCUCACAAACAGUGUCCGCUGGAGCAUAGUGACAGAGCAUCCUGCCCAAAUCAUUCCCCAACAGAACAUUAACAGGGAUAUCCUCUGAAAUCCCCACUUCCCGCAAACCUUUUCCCGCACCCCAAUCAAGGUACACACUUGCCAAGGGCACAGCGGGGCGUACACCCCCAAUUCCUUUGAUGGACAUGGUUCUUCCAGGGAUUAUGUCCUCCGUAUUCACCACUUCAGGUCGCACCAGGGUGAAGGAAGCUCCAGAAUCUCUCAGCCCCAUGGUCACUCUGUCACCCACAAUUACACUCUGCAGGUUAUCCUCUCGUUUCCCCACAGACCCACCCACAAGCAAUACUGAUGGUGCCCCUCCACGGACUGGUGAGGGCAUAUUCCUAGUGGGGCAAGUCCUGCUCAGAUGACCAAUCUGGUUGCAUCGAAAACAACGGCGGGCAUCUGACUCACUUGACAUAGCCCUGGCUACGCUGGCAGUCGGCAGUGAAGUUCUCACUGCAGAUCUUAUAGGUGGUGAUUGAACUGUUGCUUCUCUCCAGGUCGAAGUAGCAGCUGACACAAGUCCACGCCUGGAUGUGGGUGCAUGGAUGUCGGCAUAGUCAUCUGCCAGUUCUGCAGCAGCCCUAGCAUUUUUUGGCUUUCUUUCCAAAAUCCACUCUCGUACAUUAGGGCUCCGGGUCUGCAAGAACUGCUCCAGGACCAUUAAGUCAUUAAGGGCUUCAUAGGUAGUAGCUUGUACUCCUGUUACCCAUUGCCGGAACGUGGUUUCUAAUUGUGCAACAUAUAGAAUGCAGCUGGAUGAUGGGCAUUGCUGCAUACUCCUAAACUUUUUCCUGUAAGACUCAGGAGUAAGGUUAAAAGUUUUUUGCAAUGCAGAUUUGAUUGCCUCAUAGUUGUUAUCAGUCUCUGGGGGAAGGGACACAAACACAUCCAAGGCUUUCCCUUUCAAUUGUGGAGUUAAAUAUCUGCCCCACUGGUCUGAGGGUAGUUGAUGCUGCCUGCAUACUUUCUCAAAACUUUUAAAAAAUACAUCCAAAUCUGUCCCUUCUUCGAGGGAAGGAAAAUCAUCCUUACGGAGCCUACGUGUGCUGGACUCUGAUGCAUUGCUGUUCAGUGAGGACUGAAGGGUAAAUUGCAGUUUAGCAAGUUCCAGCUCAUGUCUCCUUUGUGCCUCCCUUUCGGCUAGCCUCUCUGCAGAUUCCCUUUCUGCAGCCUGCUGUUGGAUCAUCACAUGCAGGGCCUCCUGAGGAUUUGCAGCCAUCAGUUGCCGAAAUAAAUCAGUUGAGCAAAUGUCCUUAAUGUUUUGAGGGGUACAACCACCAGGCAUUUCAGUAAGCAACACUCCUGCAGUAGUAGGGAGCUCGGUAACCCUUUCAGUGUCCGUCUCUGGCUGGAAAAUAUGGCUGUCAGCCUCCACAAGGUCAGCAAUAAGUUGUGCCUUAUUUUUGCCAAAAGUUGGUAAAUUCUUUUCUUGGCACAACAAUUCCAAGGCCUCUUUUGAUUGUUUGCGAUAGGCCUCCAUAUUCACAAAUAGGAUAGAGAAAGAAAAACAAAAGAUGGAAGGGGAGAACUGUUUUGCACUUUGUAUGUAUUUUAAAUCAGCACUGAGCUUGGUCUUUGGAAAUUACACAAAAACAAGUAUGCAAUUUCUUUUAGUGCUAAGACCCCCUUUACAGGUAAAAUCUAGCAAGCACUAAAAAUCUCUAAAUAUAUCCCACUAGCUGCCGCCAGUUUGUCACGUGCGUGGGCUAUAGGCCCAGCCGAGACAGUGGGGAGAGUGUGGAAGUGACAGGGUUAAUGACACCAGACCCCUGGUUACCUGUUGCUAGUCCCAGCAACCACUCAAUUAACCCCUGCAAUCCCUUCUACACUAUCCCCCUUAGUACUACUGCCACCACCAAGACUUUUAAACCCGGGCGUCUUAGGUUACCCCACACACAGGAGAAUUAUAGUAUCACAGUUCUACUUUUACUGAUAAAACAUAUAUAGUUAACCCCUUUUUGGUAACGUGUUUACCUGAGCUUUCCUCUGGAGAGUGAAGCUCAUAGAGAACAGAGACACAAGCUGAUAAAGUAAACAUUUAAUCUGACAAAAAGGAUUCACAGUGCUGAGUACAAAAUGCAGAAAUAAAUGAUAUACAGAUAACAAAUUGCAAAACAGUACAUAAAAUAAAAUAGGAGAAAACACAAGAAAUUCCUUACAUAUAUUUACCCCAUAUAGAAUUCUUGUGGGAGUCUUAGAUGGUAUAGGUCUCCUAGAAGUUACUGACAAAAAGAAAAAUGAAUAACUGACCUCCCUGGAUAGUCCAACACCCUCAUAUAUCUAAACUAGUUGUUUCUCAGUGGGCAGACCCCUGGGGGGGAUCAGAGGGGGCUGGUCUGGCAGUCUAUUGCCCACUCUAUGAAAUUCCUUGUGUCCAGCUCUGGUGAUGGCUAUCUAGAUGUUUUAUGGUCUAGGCCUGGUGCAAGAUCAAAGACCACAAUAAAUGUCAUCCCAAGGUUUACAAAAAAAACAACUCUUAACGUAUAUAAACACACAUCAAAUACCAACUCAUGCUUUUGGCAUGACAACACUAUAUAUACACAGCAUCCAUUAUAUACACUAUAUAUAUACAGCAUCUAUUAUACACACUAUAUAUACAGCAUCUAUUAUACACACUAUAUAUACACAGCAUCCAUUAUAUACACUAUAUAUAUACAGCAUCCAUUAUACACACUAUAUAUAUAUAUACAGCAUCCAUUAUACACACUAUAUAUAUAUACAGCAUCUAUUAUACACACUAUAUAUACACAGCAUCCAUUAUAUACACUAUAUAUAUACAGCAUCCAUUAUACACACUAUAUAUACACAGCAUCCAUUAUAUACACUAUAUAUAUACAGCAUCCAUUAUACACACUAUAUAUACAGCAUCUAUUAUACACACUAUAUAUACACAGCAUCCAUUAUAUACACUAUAUAUAUACAGCAUCCAUUAUACACACUAUAUAUAUAUAUACAGAAUCCAUUAUACACACUAUAUAUAUAUACAGCAUCUAUUAUACACACUAUAUAUACACAGCAUCCAUUAUAUACACUAUAUAUAUACAGCAUCCAUUAUACACACUAUAUAUACACAGCAUCCAUUAUAUACACUAUAUAUAUACAGCAUCUAUUAUACACACUAUAUAUAUAUAUACAGCAUCCAUUAUACACACUAUAUAUAUAUACAGCAUCCAUUAUACACACUAUAUAUACAGCAUCCAUUAUACACACUAUAUACACAGCAUCCAUUAUACACACUAUAUAUACAGCAUCCAUUAUACACACUAUAUACACAGCAUCUAUUAUACACACUAUAUAUACAGCAUCCAUUAUACACACUAUAUACACAGCAUCUAUUAUACACACUAUAUAUACAGCAUCCAUUAUACACACUAUAUACACAGCAUCCAUUAUACACACUAUAUAUACAGCAUCCAUUAUAUACACUAUAUACACAGCAUCCAUUAUACACACUAUAUAUACAGCAUCCAUUAUAUACACUAUAUAUAUACAGCAUCCAUUAUACACACUAUAUAUACUGCAUCCAUUAUACACACUAUAUAUAUACAGCAUCCAUUAUACACACUAUAUAUAUACAGCAUCCAUUAUACACACUAUAUAUAUACAGCAUCCAUUAUAUACACUAUAUAUAUACAGCAUCCAUUAUAUACACUAUAUAUAUACAGCAUCCAUUAUAUACACUAUAUAUAUACAGCAUCCAUUAUAUACACUAUAUAUAUACAGCAUCCAUUAUAUACACUAUAUAUAUAUACAGCAUCCAUUAUACACACUAUAUAUAUACAGCAUCCAUUAUACACACUAUAUAUAUACAGCAUCCAUUAUACACACUAUAUAUAUACAGCAUCCAUAUAUACACACUAUAUAUAUACAGCAUCCAUUAUACACACUAUAUAUACAGCUAUAUACACACUAUAUAUACACACAUUAUAUACACUAUAUAUAUACAGCAUCCAUUAUAUACACUAUAUAUACAGCAUCCAUUAUACACACUAUAUAUAUAUACAGCAUCCAUUAUACACACUAUAUAUAUAUACAGCAUCCAUUAUACACACUAUAUAUACAGCAUCCAUUAUACACACUAUAUAUAUACAGCAUCCAUUAUACACACUAUAUAUAUACAGCAUCCAUUAUACACACUAUAUAUAUACAGCAUCCAUUAUACACACUAUAUAUAUACAGCAUCCAUUAUACACACUAUAUAUAUACAGCAUCCAUUAUAUACACUAUAUAUAUACAGCAUCCAUUAUACACACUAUAUAUAUACAGCAUCCAUUAUACACACUAUAUAUAUACAGCAUCCAUUAUAUACACUAUAUAUAUAUACAGCAUCCAUUAUACACACUAUAUAUAUAUACAGCAUCCAUUAUAUACACUAUAUAUAUACAGCAUCCAUUAUACACACUAUAUAUAUACAGCAUCCAUUAUACACACUAUAUAUACAGCAUCCAUUAUAUACACUAUAUAUACACAGCAUCCAUUAUACACACUAUAUAUAUACAGCAUCCAUUAUACACACUAUAUAUACAGCAUCCAUUAUAUACACUAUAUAUACAGCAUCCAUUAUACACACUAUAUAUAUACAGCAUCCAUUAUACACACUAUAUAUACAGCAUCCAUUAUAUACACUAUAUAUAUAUACACAGCAUCCAUUAUAUACACUAUAUAUAUACAGCAUCCAUUAUACACACUAUAUAUACAGCAUCCAUUAUAUACACUAUAUAUACACAGCAUCCAUUAUAUACACUAUAUAUAUAUACAGCAUCCAUUAUAUACACUAUAUAUACACAGCAUCCAUUAUAUACACUAUAUAUACACAGCAUCCAUUAUACACACUAUAUAUACAGCAUCCAUUAUACACACUAUAUAUAUACAGCAUCCAUUAUACACACUAUAUAUAUACAGCAUCCAUUAUACACACUAUAUAUACAGCAUCCAUUAUAUACACUAUAUAUACAGCAUCCAUUAUAUACACUAUAUAUACAGCAUCCAUUAUACACACUAUAUAUAUACUGCAUCCAUUAUAUACACUAUAUAUACAGCAUCCAUUAUACACACUAUAUAUACAGCAUCCAUUAUAUACACUAUAUAUACAGCAUCCAUUAUAUACACUAUAUAUACAGCAUCCAUUAUACACACUAUAUAUACAGCAUCCAUUAUACACACUAUAUAUAUUAUACACACUAUAUAUACAGCAUCCAUUAUAUACACUAUAUAUAUAUACAGCAUCCAUUAUACACACUAUAUACACAGCAUCCAUUAUAUACACUAUAUAUACAGCAUCCAUUAUACACACUAUAUAUACAGCAUCUAUUAUACACACUAUAUAUAUACAGCAUCCAUUAUACACACUAUAUAUAUACAGCAUCCAUUAUACACACUAUAUAUAUACAGCAUCCAUUAUACACACUAUAUAUAUACACAGCAUCCAUUAUACACACUAUAUAUACAGCAUCUAUUAUAUACACUAUAUAUACAGCAUCUAUUAUAUACACUAUAUAUACAGCAUCUAUUAUACACACUAUAUAUACAGCAUCUAUUAUACACACUAUAUAUACAGCAUCCAUUAUAUACACUAUAUAUAUACAGCAUCCAUU